GUUCAAAGAAGAAAAAAGACAUUUCAAUUACGAGUGUUCUUUCACAUUCUCUAUUUUUCUCUCUCUCUAAACCGUACGUUGAAGGGUCUCUUUCUCUCUCUUCCCUGCAAGAUCCCGCAGCCCAAACCCUAGCAAACCCCUGAGGAAGCUGAGAAGAACACGCAGCGUCGUACACGCUACCCUUCUUCUCGCGCUUUGCUUAUUCCGAUCCAGUUAGACUGCUUUUGGAAACAGUUAUUAUGGCAACUUCAGAACAACAAGCCACUCCCAAGACUCCUGAUGCUGAUAUUGUUGGUAAUGCCUUUGUUGAUCAAUACUAUCAUAUGUUGCAUGAAAGUCCUGAACUGGUGCAUAGGUUUUACCAGGAUAUCAGUAAGCUUGGUCGACCUGAACAGAAUGCUAUAAUGGGUGUUACAACCACUAUGUCUGAGAUCAAUAAGAAGAUACUGUCGCUGGGUUAUGGUGAGCUCAGUGCAGAGAUCAUAUCUGUUGAUUCACAAGAAUCUUAUGGUGGGGGAGUCAUUGUAUUGGUCACAGGGUUUAUGAUUGGAAAGGAUGACAAUAAACGGAAAUUUAGUCAAUGUUUCUUUCUUGCUCCCCAAGAGAAAGGCUACUUUGUUCUUAAUGAUGCUUUCAGAUAUGUCGAUGAGAAGGGGAUUGAAGUGCCUGCUCAGGAUACUGUAUCUCCUGUCUAUCCUGACACUGUUGCAGAUCCUGUGCUGCAGACCUAUGUCUCUGAGCAAAUACAUGUGGCAGUUGAGGAUCAUGGGGAGGAAGUCUACAAUCCAGAAACUACUCAAGCUUCAAUUGAAGAAGAGGAAGCACCUGUACCUGAGGUUGUUGAUGAAAUUCCUGAUUCUUCUCAGAUGGUGGCUGGGAUUGCAUCUCAAAUGGAAGAUCUCCCAAAGAAGUCUUAUGCCUCUAUUGUGAAGGUCAUGAAAGAGGGUGUUGUGGCAUCUGCUCCUCUGACAUCUGUUUCUGUGAAACGUGCACACAAGAAUCACGAACCUAAGCAGGAGGCUGCUGCAUCACAACCCUAUGCUAUCUCAGAUGUCAAUGCUUCUACUGUUCAAGAAGCUGAAGCUGAGGGCUAUUCUAUUUAUGUCAAAGGUCUUUCUUCAAGUGCUACACCUGUCCUCCUGGAAAGUGAGUUUAAGAAGUUUGGACCAAUUAAGAUUGGUGGUAUCCAAGUUAGGACCCAAAAGGGAUUUUCCUUUGGGUUUGUGGAGUUUGAAGUGGCAAGUGCUGUGCAAGCUGCUCUUGAGGCUUCUCCAAUUAUGAUUGGCGACCGCCAAAUUGUUGUUGAAGAGAAGAAAUCAACUAAUCGAGGUAAUACAAGAGGACGGUUCACAUCUGGUAGGGCUCCAGGAUACAGGGGAGAUGGUCUAAGAGGACGUGGAAAUUACGGAAAUGGCAGAAACUAUGGCCGCAAUGAUUUCAAUGGUCGUAAUGAUUUCAAUGGUCGUAAUGACUUCAAUGGGCGCAAUGACUUCAAUGGGCGCAAUGACUUCAAUGGCAGGGGAGAAUCAGGUUAUAGGAAUGGCAACCGGGGAGGGUUUUCAAACCGUGGAGGUGAGGGGUAUCAGAGAAACGAUCAUAUGGGACCCACUGGUGGACGCAUGAAUCGCCCAGGUGCUGCUUCUGCUAAUGGAUCAGUCAAAACCAACGGUGUUCGUGUUCCUGCUUCUGCUUGAUCAACUCACUCGAAGAGUAAGCCUGGUUGGAAAUGCACUGGAGAAUACACAUCUCAAGCAAUUGGAUAAUUGAGGAUAGCCUUUUUUGGAUAAUCUACUUUUUAAGUUUUAAGCUCUUUUUUUCUUCCCAUUUUUUUAUAUUGGUGGUCUUGGUAAAGGUAGUUUCUAUUUUUUUUAUGAUAGUGUCGUCGUAGUGGUAGCUUUUGUGUUUCCCCACCUUUUUUGAAUAUAGAUAUAUAUUUGGGGUAACUCAUUUUGUUUUGGGAACUUGAUAGUAUUUGGUAGGUGCGACAUGAGGGGUUGCUAUCAGCAUGAAUUUGCGGAUUUGAUUUUGUAAAACGCUAAAGUUAGUGUUAAAUAUGAUUUUAUUGUCGAUUGCAA